AUGCGCCGUCCCCGCCUCUCUCGCGUCCUCGGCCGCCUCAGACGCAUCGUCGCCCGAGUCGCGCAUGGCCCGCGCGGACGCUGGCGCAUACCUAAAGUCACGCCCUUACCUGCGGACAUCGACCACGGUGUCCCCCAACUGCCCCUCGAUGUCUGGGAGUCCAUUCUCGGCUACCUCUGGAACGACCACCGCACGCUCGCCGCGUGUGCCCUCACCUGCCGGGCCUUCCACCCGAUCGUGCGGCACCACGUCUUCAACACCGUCCACCUCACGCACGCCCCAGGUUACUCCGAGUACUCCCGCUUCACAAAGCUGCUGCAGGACUCGCCGCACGUCGCGCUCUCCGUGCGCGCGCUGCACCUCUCGCUCGACUCCGCGCUCGAGCGCGCGACGCUCCCCGCGGUCCUGCCGCGCCUGCACGAGAUCGAGAGCCUGACGCUGAACUUUGGCGGGGGCAUGUUCGAGAUGGACGAGGACACGCGCGAGAAGCUCCCCACGUACUUCCGCCUCGUCAAGCACCUCCGCAUCGAGAACGUCCGUUUCGACGGCACGGACCUCUUGCGCGUCCUCUGCGCAUGCCCGGAGCUUCGCGGGCUGACCCUCUGUGCUGUGCGCUGGCGGCGGUCUUCGUUGCUGCCGGCCUUCACGCCGGACUUGGCAGCAGUCGUGCCGCCGCGCCAGGUAGAGCUUGACGAGCUCACCCUGAGAAGCCCCCCGCCACAAGUAGUCGCGUGGCUUGUGAAGGGACCGUUCAGACUUGCUCUGCGCAACCUUGAGCUCAUGUGGGAUGGUGGUUCGGAUGCGAAGUAUGUCCCUAGUCUGUUCAGGGCCGGCGGGCAGUCCCUUCAGCACCUCUCGCUUGCAUUUCCAGGAUGGUUCUCGUUCAGAGACGCUGUGGACCUCUCCAACAACACCCGCCUGCGCACGCUCCACCUCUCGCACAUCCGGAUCGACGGCUCCCAACCACGGCUGCUCUACAUCCCCGACCCCGUCCCGCUCAAGACAUACGAGUGGGUGCCCGCGGCGCUCUCGCGGCUGCACUCCCUGCACCUCACCCAGAUACACUUUAGCAUCGAGCUCGUGAAGGGCGGCGACCUCAGCGUGCUCGACUGGGACGCGAUCGACGCGCACCUCGCGCGGCUCGCGCGCGAGGCGGGCGGGCUCGUUACGACGUUCCAUGUUGGGAACGCGGAGUAUUCGGGCAGAAGGUGUAAUGCGGUGGAUGCGGUGAUGUAUCGCUUGCCGAGGCUCAGGGAGGUCGAGGGCCGUGUGGGCGUGGUGUAUACGCAUUGGCCGAAGGUGGAGGAGUGCUGGUUUCCGUGA